AAACAUCGAGUGACUCCGGGGCCGUCACCUAUAAUGAGGAGACUGGAGUUAUACAGGUAAGGUUGGCUGAGAUAGGGGGGCAAGGUUAUGCAGGUAACUUGGGGGUUUUAGGUAGCUUAGGCGAAUACUGGCAGCCGUGAGUAUACAAGCAUUUUGGGGUGUACAGGUAACCAUUAGUUCAGCAUUGCUAGACAUUUUUCCACCCUGUCCCUAGAAGAGUUGGGUCCAUGGCAAAAUUGAUUUUAAUAUAACUUGGUUGUCAAGUGCUCAGCCACAGCAAUACCUUUGAUUUAUUAUGACUUGAUUGUUAUUUUCUCAGUCACAGACCAGUAAUGCCAUUGAUUUAUUAUAACUUGGUUGUUCAGUUCUCAGUCCCAGACAAUUAAUGCAAUUGAUUUAUUAUAACUUGGUUGUUAAGUCCCAGUCACAGCAAUACCUUUGAUUUAUUAAAACUUGGCUGUUAAGUUCUCAGGCAUAGACAAUUAACGUAGGAGCCUACAGUAAAGGAAUAACUUGUUCUUAUUUCACUUUUGUUUUUUGGGCACAGCAUAUUUUCUGGGAAUUUUUUUUUUUUUUUUUAAAUGUCAAAUUNGGGGGGGGGGGGGUUUGUAUAUUUUCUACUGGUUAUUUAAAGUCUAUAUUUUGGUCGUAUAUAUCUAUUGAUGGAAAGCUGGGCACACCAUCUCACACACAAGUGGCAGGUUUUACAUAUCUCCUCUAGUGUCUGAUGUAUUAAAAAAGAAAGAUCGUAAGAGUCUGUGUCCUUUUUAUUAGCUCCUUGAAUAAUUCAUAAUUUUAUCUGUAAACCAACAAAGCCAUGUAUCGCUUUAAAUUUUUUCAGGCUUGCCAGGGCGGCGGCGAGGCAGAUCCGAACCGGUUCCUUGACAUAAACAGCUUGAAUGUUCUACUGCACCAGCAGAACCAGGAGUCAACCACUUUCUUGAUACCCCUGUCCCAGACCGACCAGCAGCCGUCGGUGUCCGGUAUUCAGUACUCUCAUCCGCAGCAUCACACAUUAGACCCCUCGGCUCUCCUCGGCUACAUGGUCAUCAGGACAGGGGGGAAUAACUCCCAGGAUCCCACCUUGAUACGAACCAGUGCUGGUCAGACGGGGGAAACCAAUUCAAUGGGCUCGGCAAAUGGUGGUGUGACCUUGCCGAUGUUUUCCCCAGCCAAUAUCAUGAUGCAGGCCUUGUCCCAGCCGGUCCAGCUCAUCCAGUCGCACUUGCCGGGCAUGAUGCACCUGUGUGGUCAAAACAUGGUGGUUCAGAAAACUCACUGUUUAGGUAACUCUUUUACUUUCAGGUCAAUGUGCCUUUAAUGAACGGGAAUUAUUACAUUUCAGAUCAAUGUAUCGUCCAAGUCUGCGGUAUGGGCGUUAGAGAGUGAGAUGUGGCGCCACAGGAAGGCUGGUAUAGAGUGAGGCGUGGCGUCACAGGAAGGCUGGUAUAGAGUGAGGUGUGGUUUCACAGGAAGGCUGGUAUAGAGUGAGGUAUGGCGUCCCAGGAAGGCUCGUAUAGAGUUAGGUGUGGUUUCACAGGAAGGCUGGUAUAGAGUGAGGCGGGGGUCCCAGGAAGGCUGAUAUGGUGUGAGGCGGGGUGUCCCAGGAAGGCUGGUAUGGUGUGAGGUGUGGCGUCCCAGGAAGGCUGGUAUAGAGUGAGGCGUGUCGUCCCAGAAAGGCUGGUAUAGAGGGAGGUGUGGCGUCCUUGGAAGGCUGAUAUAGUGUGAGGUGUGGCGCCACAGGAAGGCUGGUAUAGAGUGAGGCUCGGCGUCCCAGGAAGGCUGGUAUAGAGUGAGGUGUGCCGUCCCAGGAAGGCUGUUCUUAUCUGUUUCAAAAGUUAUUUAAAAAAUUUCUUUCCUUUAAAAUUGUCCUGGUAUAAAUUUUUGUUUUAUUUUUAUCAGAAUGUUUACCGUCACUAGUUUUUAUAUCGAAACACAUUUCCAAUCAUUUGGAUUGAAUACGAUCGUAUCUUGUAUCCUCUUUUUUUUAAAUGUUGUGUCGUAAAACACACCUUGUUCUAAUGAUUUUUAAAAAAAUUAUCGUGUUUGAAGAAAGACAUCGUGCUCUAAAAGUCUUUUUUUAAAAUAUAUUGUCUAAAGACACACCUUUUCGUAAUAAUUAUAGUGUCUUAAGACACAAAGCUUGAUCUAAUCAUCUAUUUACAAAAAUGGUCACUUUAUGUUUCAGGGGGCUCCAAACACAUAGAGACUUUAGAACUGCAAGACUCUGGCAUGUCUCUGAACUACUUGGGGCCGGAUGUCACGGUUGUGACGGACGGUCAGCAGCACAACGCCGGCAACUUCCAGGCCAUCAUCACAGAGGAUGAGACGGUGAUGGUGCUGCCCAACGCCGCCAGCGCUGAUCAGAACCCUGCUG